GAUCGGCAAGAUCGGGCUAGAAGCUCAAAUAUGGUUGAGGUGUCUAUUCAGAUUGCUUCAGAUUGAGCAAACUCCAAGUUUGGGUUGCAUGCGACAAAAGCUUUUCGCCAAUGCAAACCAGAAAAUAGCUGGGAAGUUGUUUGUGUCGAUGGAAUGGUUCAUUUUGUUUUCAAUUGAUGCCGAAUAUCAGCUUCCUGUCCGGCGAGUAGAAUUGAAGCACGGAUACAUUGGUUGAUCUCCAAGCUUGCUUGAUGGCAAUAGGCUGUGUCGUCUUCUUCACUUGGUUCCGCUCCCUCCCAACCCGACCAAGACUUACCACCCCCUCUUUGCUCGGUUUCGUUCCUUUGCCCAGUCAUCAUCGGCGAGUUGUAUCAGCACCAAGCCUUCCGAGCAAAAGUUUGGAGACUGCCUCGCUGCCAACAAGUCCGUCUUUGGUGCUUCCAUCGAGGUACUUCCAAAGAAGAGUUUGGAAUACUUGAGUUGGCCCAAGUGCAACCGCGGGUGCAACGCUGGGUUAUUUGGGCCAUGAGAUCUCACAACCAAGAGGGUGGCUGAAGGCAAGCCUUAUUUUUUCUUGUCAAUUGGUUGGCCUGCAUGUGAGAAAUAGGUCUUCUUAGUCAUACGUUAAGCCUCGACUCCCCAACACUCUCCAACACACACACACACACACACACUCACACAAACAGACCAACGAUCAUAACCUGGAUGGAUCGAGCUACAGUGCCAUCCAUGAUUGGAAGUGAGCGUCAGUGGCCCAAAAGUGGUCUAGCUUGAAUAUUGAACGCAGUGUUACGAACCGCUAUACCCUCAAGACAAGAAUCGCCGAGUGAGUAGUGGUCAAGGUUAAACGAGAAGUCACCAAGAUAAGACGAAGACGAACCAUUGCUCAACUGGGUCUUGAACUCAGUCAGUCGCCCUUAACAUGGAUGAGUAACGAGCCAGGUGGAGGAUAACAAAAUGUGCAGAGAAAGAGGAUUUCACUUGAAUCCACAAAAAAAAGAGUCCACACCCAAGCAAUGAAGUGACAAGUGCCGAGUGAGUGAUCCGUGUCGGAACAAGUACAAGCCUGCCGGAUUUCAUUUGGCAAUUGUUGGCCGAUUCCGAUGAAAAAGGGUGAUUCAGUGUAUUUCCAGGCCUAACACCCUCUCCCACUCAAUCGUUUGUCUCCCACGAAUCUUGGCAUAGGACCAGAUCCGCCCAGACAAAACAAGAGAUCACCAUGCGACAAUCGCGGCGACAACACCCCCACCACAACAAUAGUUCUCAUUCAUCGGAUCACCACUUGGCCAUGAGUGUCCAUUACGCAUCCACUCCAGCUUUGAGCUCCAACCAUAGUGUCGAGUCCAACAGUGUCAACAGCGACGAUUAUGACCUAUCGUCCACAGGAAGUUCAUCGGUCCAUUACCCUUCCCCGGGCAGCGAGUUCAGUGGGGCCAGCAGCAAUAGUAAUCGGAGUCGUCGGAGGCACCCUAAUGACCCACACUACUGCGACUUUUCCUCCAAUGCAUCCAGCUAUGGCUCUCCGGCCAGACCUAUUGUGGGUCGACACCAGCGGACAGCGUCGGUCACUCGGCUCAAUCAUCCGGCUAGACUGUCGCUAAUUGCGAAUAUUUCCGGUCAAGAACAGGCAGGGCAUGACAGGAUUGACGAUGUGCCCGACCCACAUCCGGCUUCCCAUCGUUCCAUGCCCAUUCAACAUGAACCCGGCACCCCGAGUGAACUAACAGUGUCUGAAGACGACAUUCGUGCCAUCGAGGGUUGUUACCGGGGCCACAAGACCCGGGUGUUUGUGUGUUCAGCCUUAGCCAACCUCUACAAUGCCCCUCGGGCCUCCACCCGAAUUGAGGCUGUGGAUGGAGCGCAGUCUUGGUCACUCAUGUUCACUGGCAUCCCGGUGUUAUUGCUAGAUCUGGGCAAUACCAAGUCCCGACAAAAGCGCCAAAUCCAAAUCCUCCUAGUCGAGAAAGGCACGUGCUUCACGUUGUGGCGUGAUGUGAUUGACAACCUUAGUAAAUAUACUUGUCAGGACGCCAUGUUCCAUGUGAUGCAUCUCUCCCAUGACCACCUGUGCCGUGUUGGUCUCAGUUUCGAUCAUAUCGACUCGGCCAAACAAUUCCAUUCCUGGAUCCUUAUGCUCACCUCGGACCCGGCCAAUAUCGCCCUCAAAGGUCCGUCAUUCACACCAGUCUCCUUGCCCCGAUAUCCAAAUUGCACGAUCGAGGAGUUCAGUGACAAAGCUGUGAAGGAGCGGAAAAAACAAAAGUAUCGUAAGCCGAGUAAGGCGGAAAUCUCACUUCCCUGCGGUUUCCAACACGUUGUCAGUGUGGACAUGAAGAACGGCGCCAAGUUCUUCUCCGUUCAAGCGUUCGUUCAAAGUAAACAAAAAGACAUUCACGAGCGGAUGAUUAAGCAACAGGGUGGCAAUCAACACAACAAUAUCGAACCACCCGUGGUGCAGGCCCGAGCCCCAGAGAGUCGCCAGGGGGGGAUCAAGUCCAGUAUGCGCCAUCGUUGGGAUUCCAGUCCGGAUGUGUCCAAUGGGACGAACAUCAGACCCUCGUUCAGUGUGUUUCCAAGCGCCAAUUCCACCUCGGAAAUCAACCUCUGAACGGAAAUACUUGUAUUUACCAAUUUUUGUUGGACCUCGUACCUUGUUACUACAUCUUCCAUUUAAUAUUAAAAUACACUUGAACGAUAGA